AUGUGGAUCCAGGUGCGCACCAUGGACGGCAGCCAGACGCACCGCGUGGACUCCCUCUCCAAGCUCACCAAGGUGGAGGGGCUGCGCCUGCGGAUACACGAGGUGUUCGGCGUGGAGCCCCACCGGCAGCGGCUCUUCUACCGCGGCAAGCAGAUGGAAGAUGGGCACUCCCUGUUCGAUUACAGCGUGGGGCUGAACGACAUCGUGCAGCUGCUGGUCAGACAAAGCCCGGCCGCGCUGCCUGCUGGCAGCAAGGACAAGGACCCCGAGCUCUCGGACAGCGACUCCGGCUGCGGCUCCGGCCCCAGCGAGUCCGACAAGAGCUCCCACAACGGGGAGGCUGCGCUGGAGCUGGAGGGACAGCCGGGCACGGCCGCCCAGCCCGACUGGGCAGACCCCUGCUUCGGCCUCUACAAGAUCAAUGACCUGGUGGAUGCUCGGGACACGGACAUGGGAGCGUGGUUUGAAGCCACAGUUGUGAAUGUAACCAGGAAAAAACCCACCACUGGAUCAGCUGAGAGCUGCACAGACCCCGACCAGCCCACAGCUGUCCCUGAAGAGGAUGUGAUUUAUCAUGUGAAAUAUGAUGAUUACCCAGAGAAUGGGGUGGUGCAGAUGGGCUCGGGCAACGUGCGGGCGCGGGCACGGACCAUCCUCAAGUGGCACCAGCUGGAGGUGGGGCAGGUGGUGAUGGUCAACUACAACCCUGAUGAGCCCAAGGAGAGGGGCUUCUGGUACGAUGCUGAGAUCCUGCAGAAAAGGGAAACCAAAACCACCAGGGAGCUCAAUGCAAAGAUAUUACUUGGGGAAGCUGGUGAUUCCUUGAAUGACUGCACAAUUAUAUUAGUGGAUGAAAUCUAUAAAAUUGAAGAGCCAGGCACUGCUUCUCCCAUCAGUUCUGGAACCCCAAAACGACAGAGUGGACCCGUGUGUAAAGCCUGCAAGGACAACCCAAACAAGACCUGCAGGGUCUGUGCUUGUCACAUCUGUGGGGGGAAGCAGGAUCCAGAUAAGCAGCUCAUGUGUGACGAGUGUGACAUGGCCUUCCACAUCUACUGCCUGAACCCUCCCCUCAGCAGAAUCCCAGAUGAUGAGGACUGGUAUUGCCCUGAAUGUCGAAAUGAUGCAAGUGAGGUGGUUUUAGCAGGAGAGAAAUUAAAAGAAAGUAAAAAGAAACAAAAGAUGGCAUCUGCUAAUUCCUCCUCCCGGAGAGACUGGGGCAAGGGCAUGGCGUGUGUGGGGCGCACCAAGGAAUGCACCAUCGUCCCCUCCAACCACUAUGGACCAAUCCCUGGCAUCCCCGUGGGCACCAUGUGGAAAUUCAGAGUUCAGGUGAGCGAGUCUGGGGUGCACAGGCCCCACGUGGCAGGGAUCCACGGCAGGAGCAACGAUGGGGCCUACUCCUUGGUGCUGGCAGGAGGAUAUGAAGAUGACAUUGAUCAUGGGAAUUCCUUCACCUACACGGGCAGUGGGGGCCGGGACCUGUCUGGGAACAAGCGCACGGCAGAGCAGUCCUGUGACCAGAAACUCACCAACAUGAACAGGGCCCUGGCUCUGAACUGCAGUGCCCCCAUCAACGACAAGCACGGGGCCGAGGCCAAGGACUGGCGGGCGGGGAAGCCGGUCCGGGUGGUCAGGAACGUCAAGGGAGGCAAGCACAGCAAGUAUGCUCCUCUGGAGGGCAACAGAUACGAUGGCAUCUACAAGGUGGUGAAAUACUGGCCUGAGACGGGGAAAUCUGGGUUCCUGGUGUGGCGUUACCUGCUGAGGAGGGACGAUGAAGAACCUGCUCCUUGGACCAAAGAGGGGAAGGACAGGAUGAAAAAGCUUGGCCUGACAAUGCAGUAUCCUGAAGGAUAUUUGGAAGCUGUUGCAAACAAAGACAAGGAAAAAGAAAAUAAUGGAGAUGAUGAGUUUGAUACCCCAGGGAAAGGGAAGAGGAAAAGGAAAUCAGCAGGUAGGGAGGAAACACCCGUCUCCUCUCCAGCAGGGACUCCAAAGAAAACUAAAGUUGAGCCAUACAAGCUGACGUCCCAGCAGAAAUCUCUUAUAAAAAGUGAUGAAGCCAAUGAAAAACUGUGGAAUGAAGUCCUGCAGGCUCUCAAAGAUGGACCGAAAUUUCUGAAUAAAGUGGAGGAGGCCUUUCUGUGUAUUUGCUGUCAGGAGGUCGUGUUCAGGCCAGUCACCACCGUGUGCCAGCACAACGUCUGCAAGGACUGCCUGGACAGGUCCUUCAAGGCCUCUGUGUUCAGCUGCCCCGCGUGCCGCUACGAGCUGGGCCGCAGCUACAGCAUGGAGGUGAACGAGGCCCUGCAGAGCGUCCUGGCCCAGCUCUUCCCCGGCUACGGCAGCGGCCGGUGAUCCCCCAGAGCACUUCUCCCUCCCUGCUCCCUCCCUGCC